AUGGGUGGAAACGGAGGUAGACCGAGGCAGGAUAAUGGCAAACAACCUCAACAGGCGCAGGUGAACACUACAUGCAAGCGAUGUGGGAAGGAUCAUGAGAAUGUGGCAUUUUUGGGACAUGUUAUAUCACAAGGAGGAAUUGCAAUGGAUCCUUCAAAAAUUGAAGCAGUAGUGCAAUGGGAACCACCUACGACCGUUAUAGAAGUUCGGAGUUUUCUCGGACUUGCUAGAUAUUACCGGAGGUUCAUCAAAGGAUUUUCACAGAUAGCCUUACCUUUGACUUACCUUACACGAAAGGAAGUUUCGUUCGUUUGGAUGGCUGAGUGUGAUAGAAGUUUCAAGAUGCUUAAGGAGAAGUUAACAACUACACCUGUAUUAGUACUACCCGACCCGCAGAAGCCUUUUGAAUUAUACUGUGACGCCUCUCAUAAAGGACUUGGAUGUAUGCUGAUGCAAGACAAAAAUGUGGUGGCUUAUGCUUCCCGGCAGCUGACACCUCAUGAACAAAAUUAUCCGACGCAUGACUUGGAGUUGGCUGCAGUUAACAAAAUCAGCGCACUUCCUUUCGAUUCGAGUUGA